AUGUCCAACAAAAAUAAUGAAUCAAACAGUGAACGAGUUAAUAUUCAGAAUGCACCGCGGCGUCACACCUAUGGUCCCGUACAACAUCAGAUCCCGAACGUGUCGCGUGCUGGAUAUAUGGACUAUCAAAGAUCUGGUCGGGGAACCCCGAAACUAUCGACCAAAAGUGACUUUGUGUAUGUGAACACGGCUUAUGUUGGAAGUGUUAGUAGCUUGAAUAACAACGUCAGCCAGCAGACUUUACCGGAACCACCGACCAGCGUUAUUCGAGAGCAGUACUGGGCAUGCUCUAAAUGGCCUCUGGCUCAGCGUGUGCUGGCGAUCGCCGUGGGUGUACUCUUGGGAGCUGUGGUUGGACUCGUCAUGAUCCUAUUCUUCAGGCGUGGUACUGAAGAAGAUAUCAAUGGAUUAUUUAGGACGCCACUCGUUCCUGAUUAG